AUGCCAAGCCUAGUGUACUCUAAAUCCUCAAAAAGAAUUUCAUGGGAAACGAAUGCAGGUGUUGCAACACUUUCACAUGUCGGCAUUGCAUCAAACAAGCAGGACCUUAAGCAAAUUGAGUUCCAGACAAUCCUUGGCAUCCUUAGAAUAGAACAGAGCAGUGAAUUCCUUGUUUGCGUCACAGAACGAACAUUCAAGGGGAUUUAUCGAAACCUGGAGAUCUACCGAGUCGAAAGGAUCAGGUUUAUCAACACAAGCAAUCCAGAAAAGACAGAUGAGGUCACGUCCCAAAUCAAAGGAUUCAUUCAAUCUCAUGAUUUCUACUACUUCUCAGGACCAUCAUUUCUGGAGGAUGAGUUUGAAUGGAAUAAGCACAUGAAAGCAAAUCUGCUGAGGUACUCAGAACAAGAUGCAUGUGCAUACAAGCUUUCACACAGCCCAUAUUCCGGAAAAGACACAGACUUUGAGAUUUCCACGCUCUUCUGUGGAUUCUUUGCUGAGAAUAUAUUUAAAGCAUCUGCAGGAUUGUACAGCAUGGCGCUUCUCUCAUUGGUUUCAUCAAGCAAGGUUGGCACAAGGUAUUUGUGCAGAGGAAUCGAUGCGGAUGGAAACGUUUCGAUGUUUGUAAAGACACACUUCGUGCUCAGGUGCAGUAAGCAGGCUGUAUUUGACUUCACAAUUAUCAGAGGAUCUGUGCCGAUCUUCUGGAGUCAAAGGGAGCAUGGGUUUCCAACAAAAGUAAGCAUAUGUGCCGAUGAACAGGAUGCACAAAAGGCAUUCAUCAAACAUUUUGAAAAGCUGGCAAGGGAGUAUGGGCACAUACACGUAAUCAAUCUUCUGGGUGAAAAGAAAGACGAGAAGCUCCUCACAGCCAACUUCAGCAGGCUUUUGGACACAGAAGGAAUCCCAUACACAGAGUUUGACCUGAAUGCAUAUGCAAAUGACUACGACAACAUGAAGUUUCUGCUGUACUUUAAGCUACAGGAUGUAUGCAUGCACAACGUGGUAUUCCGUGUGAACUGCCUCGACUGCCUCGACAGGACAAAUGUUGCCCAGUCACUAAUAUGCAUGUUCUACCUAGAAAAGAUGGUUCAGGAUGCAGAAGUGCUGAAGAGGAUGCAGGAAUGCUGGUCUGAGAACGGAAAUGCACUAAGCAAUCUGUAUACAGGCUCGGAUGCAAUGAAAGGCGACCUCGCGUUGCAGGGAAAGCGAUCGCUAAUGGGAUACAUGGACGACAUCAUUAUUUCGGCGACAAGGCUCAUCAAUGGAAGGUUUAUUGACAGGCAAAAGCAUAGUAUUAUCAACACUCUUUUGGAAAAGAGCGGAGAUAAUGCAUUUUCAGAGGAUAACGAGUGA